UGAACUACUCUUUGAGACAUUAGUUUUUUAAAUUUUUUUUUUUUGUUAAAUAUCUGUUGUUGGUGGGUCUUUACUACGAAUCUUUUGUGUAUUGUGAGCUGUAAGAUCGAAUGGAUAAAGACGAGCUCUUCAAUUGCGAGAUCAAACUGAGAAAUGAUCCUCAGAGGCACAAGGAUAGGGUUUAUGUUGGUUGCGGAGCAGGAUUCGGCGGGGAUCGGCCUUCGGCGGCGCUUAAAUUGCUUCAAAGAGUCAAAGAACUCGACUACCUUGUUCUUGAAUGCCUGGCCGAGCGGACGCUGGCCGAUCGGUACAAAGUAAUGAUGUCCGGCGGAAAAGGGUUCGACCCUCGAAUAAGUGAGUGGAUGACACUGCUUCUACCUUUGGCGGUGGAGCGAGGAGUCUGUAUAAUUACCAAUAUGGGUGCAGUGGACCCGCUCGGUGCGCAGAAAGAAGUGCUAGAUGUUGCGUGCAAUCUAGGACUCGAAAUAACUGUCUCGGUAGCUCAUGAAGUUCCUCUUGCAAAAUCUGAAUAUCCUCAGUCAUCUGAAGGAUCUACAAAAUUAAGAGAGGGCAAGAGUACCUACCUGGGAGCAGCUCCUAUUGCUUAUUGCCUAGAGAAGUACAAACCACAUGUAGUCAUCACCUCCCGAGUUGCUGAUGCUGCACUCUUCCUAGCUCCAAUGGUCUACGAAUUAGGUUGGAACUGGAAUGACUAUGAACAACUGGCCCAAGGCUCUUUAGCUGGUCAUCUUUUAGAGUGUGGUUGUCAACUUACAGGAGGAUACUUCAUGCAUCCAGGAGAUACGCACCGUGAUUUUCCUUUUGAACAGCUUCUAGAUUUAUCUCUCCCAUUUGCUGAAGUAAGCUUCAAGGGGGAAGUAUAUGUAGCAAAAGCAGAUGGGAGUGGAGGUGUUUUAAACUUCAGCACUUGUGCAGAGCAGCUUCUGUAUGAAGUUGGAGAUCCUGGACGGUACAUUACUCCUGAUUUGGCUAUAGAUUUGAGUAAUGUGAACUUCCGCCCAAUAUCAAAUGACAGAGUUGUGUGCAUUGGGGCAAAGCCGUCAAGUGUACUUUUCCCUGAAAAACUUCUGCAGUUAGUUCCAAUGGAUUGUGGAUGGAAAGGUUGGGGAGAGAUCUCCUAUGGAGGACCUGGAUGCGUAAGGCGUGCUCAAGCUGCAGAAUAUCUGGUUAGAUCAUGGAUGGAAGAAGCAGUACCAGGAGUUAAAGAUCAUAUGAUCUCUUACGUUGUUGGAUAUGACAGCCUGAAAACUGGAAAGAUUGAUAAAGACACUUCAUCAACAGAAGAAGUUUUGGAUGUUAGACUUAGAAUGGAUGGUUUGUUUGAGCUCGAGGAGCAUGCUAUUCGCUUUACCGAAGAGUUCAUAGCUCUCUACACAAAUGGACCAGCUGGUGGUGGCGGUAUUAGCACCGAACACAAGAAAGAGACGAUUCUUCAAAAAGAACUGGUCGAUAGGGAAAAUGUUUUCUGGCGAGCGAAUAUGAAACGGACAAACAUUCUGGAUCAGCAAAACCACAAUGACGUGGAUGAGACUAGAGUUCAAAUCCUCAUCAUGGAACAAGAUAGCAAAUCAUCUACUCCAGGGGGCAAUCAUCUAUACAGAAAAGUGCUUCCGCCAGUAGCAUCUGCUGCUGCCCCAGCAAACAAGAGGAUUGCUCUCUAUCAAGUAGCCCAUAGUAGGACUGGCGACAAAGGAAAUGACUUGAACUUUUCUUUAAUUCCUCACUUUCCUACUGAUCUUGAGAGGCUUAAAAAGGUGGUCACACCAGAUUGGGUGCAGAAUGUUGUUUCGGCUCUCCUCGAUGCUUCUCUGUUUUCUGAACAUAAAAUUCAGCAAAGUGAAGAUCGCCUCAAGCAGGUGAGGGUGGAGAUCUACGAAGCUCCGGGCAUCCACUCUCUAAAUGUUGUGGUCCAGAAUAUUCUGGACGGAGGAGUUAAUUGUUCUAGAAGAAUAGAUCGGCACGGGAAGACCGUGUCUGAUCUUAUCUUAAGCCAAGAAGUUGUUUUGCCUCCUUGAUUAUGCAUGGUUUCUAUGCCCGGCUAUGCUUUCAACAUAUGCCCGGAAUAAACAGAAGGUUAUGUAGAUAUUAGAAGGUAGGCCAUGUAAUUCGACAUAACAUUAUGAUGUGUUAUGAAUUUUUUAAUAAUAUGGAUGGCUUAUCCAUGCGCA